CAUUUUACAUUUUAAAAAACAACUUUUAGGGAUACUCAGAUAUUAUUAUUAUUUACUUUUUUUGUUUUCUUUUUACACAAUUUAGGGCUGCAUCUGCUUGAGACCCGCAAUGGAUAACCCAGGGCGCGAAGCAAUCUAUCACUUAUGAAUCUACACGUGGGUAGAGGGUAAAAAUGUCCCUGGCAACUUGUUGUGUAAUUUUUUGCCGAAGGAUAGGCACUGCAACAAACCCUCAAAAAAGUGAUCUGUCCUGGAAAGAUAUCCGAAAUAUUAUAAAAUUUACUGGACCACUUAUUCUAGGAGGUUCUUUAUUUAUUACCUAUGAAGUUCUGGCCUUGAAGAAAUCUGUGACGCUAGAUACUCAAGUAGUUGAAAAGGAAAAAUUGAAGUCAUAUAUAUAUUUAGAUGCUGUUUCUUUUGAUAAAAGAGAAAAUCAAGGUAUUACAUACCAGGCAAGGAAGGAACUUCACAAAGCAUUAAGAAAAGUAUUGACAACAUCAGCCAAAUUAUUCCGGAAUCCUUUUGAUGACCACUUCAGUACAGUUGAUUUAGAAGAUCAUGAAUAUGGUUUGUGGCUGUUGCUGAAGAAGAGCAAAUCAGAUGACAAAAUGGCUCGAUUGCAAGCAGUGAAAGAGAUGGCAGCAAACCAUUAUUGGCAUGAUUACCAGUAUAGGACAAUUGCUCAAGCCUGUGAUGUGAGGACAGUCAUUGGCUUGGCCCGAAGCAAGGAAACAGAUCUUCGAUUUUUUCUACCACCACCUCAUUUGCCAGAAGUAAAAGAAGAUUAUUCCAUUGAAGAGGAGCUUCGACAGCUGCUGGCAUCUUUGCCUCAGACUGAGAUAGACCAUUGUAUCCAGUAUUUCACAUCUUUGGCUCUGAGGGAAAGUAGUCAAUCUCUAGCUGCUCAGAAGGGUGGCUUAUGGUGUUUUGGAGGAAAUGGCCUUCCUUAUGCUGAAAGUUUUGGUGAAGUUCCUUCGGCAACAGUAGAAAUAUUUUGUUUGGAGGCUUUAGUGAAACAUUCUGAGAUUGCCACACAUUGCGAUAAAAUUGAAGCAAAUGGCGGCCUGCAACUACUCCAGAGGAUAUACCAACUUCACAAUGACUGCCCUAAAAUACAGAGAAGUAUAGUUCGUAUUAUUGGAAAUAUGGCAUUGCACGAGCAUCUUCAUUCAGCUAUAGUCCAUUCAGGCUGGGUUUCCAUUCUGGCUGAAGCAGCAAAAUCCCCCCAGGUUAUUCAGUCUUCAUAUGCUGCCAGAACCCUGGCUAACUUGGACAGGGAAACUGUACAAGAAAAGUAUCAGGAUGGAGUGUAUGUGCUAUAUCCCCAGUAUCGUACUAGUCAGCCCAUUAAAGCAGAUGUCCUUUUUAUUCAUGGCCUUAUGGGAGCAGCCUUCAAAACUUGGCGUCAACAGGACUGUGAUAACCUUGAAAUUGAAAAGGCCUUAGAUGAAGAAUGUUAUACGCAGUGUUGGCCCAAGACUUGGUUAGCAAAAGAUUGUCCUGCUCUUCGAAUUAUUUCUGUGGAGUAUGAUACCAACCUUAGUGACUGGAGAACAAAGUGCCCUGUGGAAAGGAAGUCCAUUGCUUACAGAAGUCAUGAGCUUCUUGAAAAACUCAGAGCUGCUGGUGUUGGAGAUAGGCCAAUAAUCUGGGUGUCACAUAGCAUGGGAGGCCUUCUUGUCAAAAAGAUGCUGGUGGAUGCUUCCAAGAAACCAGAACUUAGUUCCCUAAUAAAUAAUACCCGCGGAAUGAUUUUUUAUAGUGUACCUCACCAUGGGUCCCAUCUGGCCGAAUAUUCUGUUAACAUCAGAUAUCUGCUGUUUCCUUCUGUUGAGGUCAAAGAACUCAGCAAGGAUAGUCCUGCUCUUAAAGAACUUCAUGAUGACUUCCUCACAUUUGCUAAGGACAAGAAUUUCCAGGUGUUGAAUUUUGUAGAAACACUACCAACCUCCAUAGGAAGCAUGAUUAAGUUACAUGUGGUGCCAGUAGAAUCAGCAGAUUUGGGCAUUGGAGAUCUGAUUCCAGUAGCAGUUAAUCAUUUGAAUAUUUGCAAGCCAAAGAAGAAGGACACCUUCUUGUACCAACGUACCUUACAGUUCAUUCGUGAAACAUUAGCCAAAGACCUUGGAAAUUAAUAGGUCUUAAUUCUUCUUGUUCUUUUCUGUUAUGUGGACAUGAUGCUGGGCAUUUUUUGAGAUCUGUCGAACUAAGAAGACCCCAGUAGAUAAGGCACCAGGUCAGUCUGGACUAUACUGAAGACAAGCAGGAUGCUACUUGGAAAUAUAUGAAAGGUAAAGCAUAAGCAUAGAGGCAGCAAUAAAAAUUGAGUACUAGAUUCUCUUCCAUUAAAGACAUUUUCUGUGCAUGAGUUUAUAGUCCACACUUUUUAAGAUGAUGGCAGCUGAAAGAGAGCUGUGAAGUGUUCCUCAUUUUUUGCUGCGACAGACCCUCUGAUUCCCAGAAAAUACAUUAGUGCAACUGCAAGGGAUUAACUAUCUUCUUAACCAGAAAAAUCUGCCACUUGGUGAAUACUUGAAAUGGGAACCAGCUAUCACUAAGGACCAAAUAGAUUAGAUUUAGAUUUGGGUCUCACAAAUGCAGCAGACUUUAAAAAAAUAAUAAUAAACUUAAUUUAGGCUGUCUGCAUUUCAAAGCUGGCUUUUUCAUGUCUGAAUGACUGACUUAUCACAAAUACAAAUUUUAUUGUAUGUUUCUUUUGCUAAGGAUAAAUAAUUUUCUUGUGCAUCAGCUUAGACUAACCUUUUAAAUAAUGUACUAUUCUGCUUUUAACUUAUUCUCAAGAUGAGGAAGGUCGUUGAUUAAUAUAGGAUUUAUGUAUCAAAUAAACCUGUAUUAAAAACAAUCAAACUCAUACUUGAGCAACAUUUAGAACAACUCAGUGAUAUUGUAUGAUACCUAGUUUAGAUUUGGCAGAUCUUUCCUUUCACAUAAUAGGAAAAUUUUUUUAAGAGUGUGGAAGAUGAAAAAAUAUAUAUGUAAGAAAACAAAUAAUUGUUGAUCCUACUAUUUAUUAAAGUAGAAAUUGGGCUAUCUGAAGGUGGAUUAAGGGGAACGUUGUUGCAUCAUAUAGAUGUGACAGAUGUUUGGAAGUUCAACAUAUUUAGUUACCCAGUUGUUUGGGAAAGAACUAGACUAGAGCUCACAAAAGUAAACCUGUAGGUUUUUCAGGCCCAUACCUCUUGUGUCAGUGGGAUGUUUUUGUAUGGAAUAUUUCCUUUUUAUCUUGUUUACUAAUAAUCCACAACUAAAAACACAUGGUUUUUAAAAGUACUUUGAAGUAAUUCAAAAGAAUGAUAUGCAACUGUUUCUAGAAAUCUUAUUGCAGUAGCUAUUCCUCUUAUCAAGAAUAGGAUUUGGGAAAGAUAUCCAACUUUGUUUUAAACUUAAGAGAAAUGUACAGGCAAAUUACCUUAUAGGGUAGUAUGUAAGGUACACUAAAUGUUGAUAAAAAUACUAAUAAUUGCAUUGAAUUCUAUAAAGCACUUUAAAAUCUGCAGUGUAUUUUAAAUGCACUAUUUCAUUUUGAGAAUCACAAUAGCUCUGUGAGGUCAGGAGUUUUACCUGUUGAUGAAAUGAGUAUGUAGUAGCUACCAUUGACUUUUUGAAGAUGCAUAAAUGAUGCAGAGUAAUAAAAAUAAUAUAGGUUAGAAUCCAGAAAAUAGCCAUUUUAUUAAUAAGUUAAUUUCACUAAUGGCUUGUUUUCGAUGCAACUUCUUAAUCACCCAAAGUUCCUACCACAUUUUGUGGUUGUUUAAAUGAUUCUGAGGGUUAUCCAUAAUCAUGAUUAUGUUUAGAGACAUGCUGGCUAAUUGCCAGGUACUAUAAGUUCUGCUUAGUUGCUAUUUGUUGUUAUAGAUGUUGACCCAUCUCUCUUCCCUUAAAAACCACUAAGUACCACUUUACUGCACAUUUGUCUUUGGCAGAGGCAGAGUUUGAAUUCUCUAUUCUCUGGUAUCAGUCCCCUUCUGUCUUUGACACUGAGCAGAAGUGCAACCUUAUAGUAACAUCCAAAAGGAAUGUUGAAGAUAGGUGUUUUUCUGCUACAUGGUGAUAAGACAAAAUACCAGGUGCCAGUAUUUCACAACUGGAAAGAGAGCACAAUAAUACAAUGAUGUUUACAAUGUCUUCCCAUUUGUGCUGUGUUCAUACCUCACAGUGCCUCUGAAGUUCUUUUGUAAUUACUGGAAUUUGAGGCACAAACCCUGACUUUCCAUUUUUCUGUACUGUUAGUAUACCAUUGUAUACUUUUAUUGUCAUUUUGUGUAAUGAUUUUGUGCCUGUGGGAGGUGUUUAAUAAAAAUUUAAAAAUACCUACAUAA